AUGGCCGCCGCUCCGCCUCAAGUGCAGGAGGCUGACCUGAUGCCACUUGCCGAGGCUCUCAAGCUGCUUGGGCUACAGGAAGGCGCAAGCCAGGAGCAAAUCAGGGCCGCCUACAAGGCCCGCCUGCUGCGCCUGCACCCGGACAAGCAGCAGGCCGCGCGCGCGAAGCGCUCGGCGACCGCGCCCUCCCAAAACACACCCACUGGCGACAGCGCCACUGGCGGCGGCAGCGGCAGCGGCGAGGCGGCCGCGGCUGCGGCGUUCCACCGACUGCAGGCCGCGUACCGGGCGCUCACCGCGCCGCCGCCGGAGCAGCGGUUCGACGCGCUGGUCGCGAAUGGGCGCGCCUUCAGCCGCGAGGUCCUGGACGAGGCGCUGAGGCAGGGCCUGGGACCUGCGGACGUCGCAGCUAUGUGA